AUGGCGGAAGCAGCAACCUCCUCCCCCUCCUCCGCCGCGGCCUACCUCCAGAACAUGGACGAUCUGCGGAAGGUGUUCGACAAAUUCGACACCAACGGCGACGGCAAGAUCUCCCUCUCCGAGCUCGCCGACGUCCUCAGAUCCAUGGGGACGAGCUACGCCACCCCGGAUCUCCAGCGCGCCAUGGACGACAUCGACACCGACAAGGACGGAUUCAUCAACCUGGAGGAGUUCGCGCAGCUCUGCCGCUCAUCCUCGGGGGCCUCCGCCGCCGCCGAGCUCCACGAGGCUUUCGAUCUGUACGACGAGAACAAGGACGGGCUCAUCUCCGAGUCCGAGCUCCACCAGGUGCUCAACCGCCUCGGGAUGAAGUGCUCCAUGGAGGAGUGCGCCCGGAUGAUCAAGGGCGUGGAUGCGGACGGCGACGGAUGCGUCAAUUUCCAGGAGUUCGAGAAGAUGAUGGCCACCGCCAACGGCGCUACCCCCGUCAACUAG